AUGUCUUCAGACGACCAAUUCAUUGACAAACAAGAAGACAUUGCAGACACCAAUCUCGACGUCGAAAAGGAGGACAAGCAAGCAGAGGAGAGCGAAGUUACCGGGAAAGUCUCUUCCGAUGAGGUCGAGGCACUGAAAGACGACAUCGGUGGUGGAAAGGUCCUCGAUGACUCAGAAGGGUACACUCGAUCCUCCAACAAGGAUGUCAACCCGAUGAAACAGGAGCAAGAGAUUGACCAGGUCGUGGACAAUUUGGAAUAG